GCGUCAGUGUGUCACGUGACUCACCACCUCCUCCACACCAAACCCAAUCCCAAAAAGCCAAAAAAAAAAAAACCCCAAAACUCCUCCCGAAUUUGACCAAAAAACAGCCAAAAACGCCACACGAUUCAUUUGAAAAGGGCACGCACCCCUCGUAUACACCCACCCGUGGAAAAUUAGAGAGAGAAGAGAGAAGACGAGGGGGAAAAAAAUCACAAGAGAGGAGGAGAAAAAAAAAUCGCAGCAGCAAACCCUCCUCCUCCGCCAUCCGCCGCCUUCCCUCCUCCCCCACGAUCUCCGGCGGCGGCGGCGGCGAUGGCCCGGAAGAGGAAGACGGACGCGGCGCCGCGGCUGGACGAGGCCGACCGGACGCUCUACUCCACCUUCUGCGGCGCCGCCAACUCCCUCUCCCAGCUCUACACCCAGGCCAUGGCCCAGCAGAAGCUCUCCUUCCAGGCCGGCGAGCGCCACUCCCUCGAAAAACUCCACCAGUGGAUAUUGAGAAAGCAUGAGGAAGAGUCGAGGCUCACGGCGGCUGAUAUAAUGUCUCAUAUCCAGCAUGAGUUGGAUUAUGGAGGUAAUGAUCCACAUGUUUCCCCCAGAGUACAUCAGCAUAGUGCAAAUCCGUUUGCAAACUCAAGCAUCCAACCCUCAGCUGGUUCCUAUGGUCAAGCAACAGUAGGAUUUGCGCCUAGACCCAGCAUCAGUGAUCAGUCAAAGAAUACAAUUUUCUCAAAUGCUUUAUCAAGCCCGGUCCGUCGGAGCCUUCAGAGCUAUCAUUUAACCCAAGGAUCUGGUAAUGGAGGCCGGAAUGCAGAAACAAACUCUGCAGGACAGAAUAGGGAGACCAACUCUGGAGGCUCCAAUGACACCUCAAUGGACAUGGUUUCGGACAGCGCUGGUAACGAAUACUACUGAAGUGGAUUGUGGUGAGAAGGAAUACUACUGAAGUGGAUUGUGGUGAGAUGAAUACUACUGAACUGGAUUGUGGUGAGAUGCUGCAUGCAAAACCAGGCAGCAACACAAUACCAGUGUUGUCUCCUGUUGCUGUAUGUUAUGUAUUUUCCUAAAACCUUAUCAUCUGUGCGGCCUUGUAGUCACAGAUGAAAUGGUUCUCUUUAAGGCUUUUAAGCUUUUGUAUUUUCUAUUUUUGUUGAAGCCUGAUUGGAGAGAAAUCAAGUUGUUCGUGGGUUCCAUCAGGAAUACUUUAUAUCCAACUGUGUUCGUGACUUCGUGUUAAAGAUUUUGAAUGUAAAUGAAAAUUGCAUUGUGAUAUACUGAUAGCCGGUUGAUGCAA